AUGUCGCCAACAACAACCCAAGACGAUCUUUCGGUGGGCGACGUGUUCAGCCCCCAGGCUGACAUACCCCACUCGAGAGUGGAAGAUGACUUCAACACUACCGCGACCCAACCGACCGGCUUUCGGAUGAGUUCUCGCAGCCCGGAUCGCAAACCCGGGCCGGCAAUCAACGAGCCCAGCCCGUUCCCUGCGCCGAAGUUGGAUGCGAACCCGCUGACCGCGAAAAGCAACCGACGCAAGAAAAAGAAGAACCAGGCCCAAGUUCAAGCAGCCCAGGCGCUUUCUACCGUCCAUGGAUUCACUCCUCGAGGUUCUGGCGACGAAGACUCGGAUUUUUCGACUACAAGCUCUUGUGCGCCUAGCUCCCAGCAGCGAGCCCCAGUUGGAAGCAAUGGUACUAGCCCUAUGCUGCAGCCAGCCUCUGGAGGCGGUGUCAGUGCCCUUCGACUUCAGCUUGACUCGAUGAACCUGUCAGGAAACGCCCCUCGCCGUAAAGUUGAUGGUCUAUGCUCGGCAACGCCUAGCAACGCUAGUGUCUAUUCCGACAGCGACGAGACUGAAAUUUUGACCUGUUACGAAGUGCCUUUGGACCAGGACUACGUCAGUGCUGAUGCUGUCGCUGAGGAAAAGAAGCAGGAAGAUCUAUCUGAGAAUGUUCUACAGACCCAGGACGUUCGUAAUCAGCUUUGCCGCAAAAUGACGACGGACGACUUUGAGCCUCUGCUCUGCCUAGGAAAGGGUUCCUUUGGGACCGUGUUGCUCGUUCGCCAUGCUCUCACAGGGAAGCUCUACGCACAGAAGCAGUUCAAGAAGGCCUCGAUUACCGUCCACAAGAAGCUCGUUGAACAAACCAAGACCGAACGCACUAUCCUGGAAAGUGUGAACCGACACCCCUUCGUUGUCAAGCUUUUCUACGCUUUUCAGGACCACGAAAGGCUCUACCUCGUCCUCGAGUACGCCCAAGGAGGAGAGCUCUUCACGCACCUGGCAAUGGAACGCAUGUUCGACGAAGAUGCAGCAGCUUUCUACAUGGCGGAGAUGGUCCUCGCCUUGGAACACCUUCACCAGAACGUCGGCGUGAUCUACCGCGACCUGAAGCCGGAGAACUGCCUCCUAGACCAUGAAGGCCACCUCCUUCUGACCGACUUCGGCCUCAGCAAAAUCGCCCUCGACGACGAUGACCGCUGCAACUCCUCCCUCGGCACAAUUGAAUACAUGGCACCCGAAGUAGUCCAGGGCAAAUCGUACGGCAAAGCCUGCGACUGGUGGUCACUCGGCGCAUUGGGAUACGACCUACUUACCGGCUCCCCUCCCUUCAAGGCAAACAACCACGCCAAACUCCAGGAGAAGAUCAUCAAGCAGAAACUCGCCCUACCCUACUACCUAGGCCCAGACGCAAAGGACCUCCUCACCCGCCUUCUCCGCAAGGAACCAUCCAAGCGCCUAGGUUACCACAUGCCCAAGGACCUCCAGACGAUCAAAUCCCACCGGUUCUUCCGCAAGAUCGACUGGCGCGCCCUCGAACGCCGCGUCCUAACCCCGCCAAUCGUCCCGGUUGUCACAGACCCGGCCCUCGCAGAGAACUUCUCGGCCGACUUCACCGCUCUCCCACUGAGCCCCGUUGAAGGCCCUAGUUUCUUCAGCGAGUACUACACCAAUCAGCACCACCGUAACGGUAGUAGCAGCGGGCAACGGCGCUCGGGCAUGGCCAUGGGUGCGUCAGCAGGCCACGAGGACAGCAACCCCUUCGGCGGAUUCAGCUUUGUUGCGCCGAGUAGCCUGCUUGAUCACGCAGCUGGGGGUGGUAACAACCCUCUGACUGCGGGCUAUUGA